GCGCCGGACGGCUGCCCACUGGGGAGCUGCGCCUCCGGGUCGCGGCGGCUUGGUCUCGGCUCUCCGCCCUGCCGGCUUGGAUUUGCCCUCGACCCCCGGAGCCAUGGAGGUCGUGCUGCCCGCGGACCUGCGGCAGGACGCCCGCGUGGCCAAGAGGAGACACGCCGACUUGUGCAGGCAGAAGCGGGUCUUCGACGCCAGGAGCAGGAUCAUUGGGGGAGACACAGAAGCCUGGAACUCCCAGGUUCAUGACCAGAAGAUAAGAGAAGCAACUGAAAGAGCUAGACAUGAAACCUUUGCUACUGAAAUGAGGCAAAAUGACAAGAUCACAUGCAUAUUAGAAGAUCGGGAAAGGAGAGAUAGGAAAACUCUCUGUAGAGCUACCAAUGAUUUCCAGCAGAGCUUUCAGAGGCCAGAAACUCGCCGCGAAUUUGACCUGUCUGACCCCCUAUCCCUUAAGAAAGCUCUUCCAGCCCGGCAGUCAGAUAAUGACAUCCGGAAUACCAUAUCAGGAAUGCAAAAGUUCAUGGGGGAGGAUUUAAACUUCCGGGAGAGGAAGAAAUUCCAAGAGGAACAAAACAGAGAAUGGUCCUUGCAACAGCAACGGGAAUGGGAGAGGGCUCGUGCCCACCAGAAAUGUGCAGAGGACCUCUACUUGCAGACGAAGCUCAAGUUUGAUGAAACAGCGAGGCACCUGCAGAUGCUGGAAAGCAACGCCAGAAGGGCCGUCUGUGCAGCUGUGAAAGAGUUCAACAGGAACCAGGCCAUAGAGUCACAAGAAAGGAAAAAACAAGAGAAAAAGCAGGAGGAGGAAGACAACCUGGCCGAGAUCUCCAGCCUGCUGCACGGGGACCUGCUGUCUGAGAACCCGCAGCGGGCGGCCAGCUCCUUUGGUCCCCACCGUGUGAUCCCAGGCCGCUGGAAGGGAAUGUCCCGGGAGCAACUGGAACAGGUCCACCUCACUCAGAAGCAGCAAGUCCUGGAGAAGCUGAGGCUGCAGGAGGAGGAGUGCCAGCGGGACAUGGACUGGGACCAGCGGAGGAUCCAGAAGGCUCGCGAGGACCUGAUGUAUGAACGGCAGAUGCAGCGACACCAGCGAGACCUGCGCAGGACCCUGGACAGCAGCAACCGCAGCCUGGCCAGGCGACAGUGUCUGCAGAAAAAACACAUGGAUGAAGUCAGCACCAAUCAGCUCACAGGAGAUUAUUUCACACAAUUUAAUACCAGCAGUCGAUGAGAAGGACGCCCUCACUCCCCUGGGUCACGUGUGAAGUGUGGCAACCUUAAAGAGUCGUUAUUUUAAAAAGCCUGCGUUUCCUUGGUCCAGAAACCCCCACGGAAAGGUCUGAAUCUUUUGCAAGUCGAGGCAGAAGAGGGGAAGAGAGCUUGGCCCAGUGGCCCAGAGUGGAGAAGCAGGGGCUCAGCACCAAAGGCGCUUCUUGACCCCAGGGGCCCCAGAGGCGGCUGGCAAUCAUGAGGGGCAGUGAGGAAAAGGCGUGGCCACGCUUCUCCUGGGAACAGGCGAGGUCCCCUGGGAGCUCGCGCCACUCUUCUCCUUUCACGGCCUCGGUCUUCCAGGUCUGGGGGUUGGCAGCUGUCCAUCCUCUCAGUGGGGAGACUGGUGACCAGCCGCGUCCAGGUCCAGUUAACCUGUGUAAUAGCCCCAGACUUUUCCCAGUUGUCCCCAGUGACGUCGCACAAAGCUGAGUCGGCUCUGACCCAAAGGUCAGGCCACCGGAGGAGACAGACAUGCGUGAAGGCAGGACGCCCCUCCCUCCACCCCAUCGUGUCACCCACCGGGCGUCCACAGGCCCAAGUGAAGAGUCAGCAGAAGUGUUUCAGCAGAAGUGGCCUUCGGGUCCCCAAGGGUCUCCUAGACAACUGUCACCAUCCUAACCCACGUGUCAGAGGUGUCCGUGGGAAACUAGUGGCGUGACCUCCAGCUGAGAGCCAGCAAAGAGGGAGGAGGGAGAGCGACACCUCUCCUCCUAAAGGAAGUACAGGGAGAGGGGGCAUCAGGGUGUGCCUGUGGCUGCUCAGACUGCGGUUCAGCUGCUGCCCUCGGUGACAAGUGCUGUUGUUAGCGAGUGGCGUCGCUCCAUCAGGAGGUAGCCAAUGAGCGGGCGUCGCUCCCAUUGUGAUUCUCGAGGCAGCCGGAGCUGGUGUUUACCACUCACAUUUUCUAGUUGGAGACCCUGGUGUGGACAUGCACAGGGACUUGUCCUUCCCACUGCAGAGAAGCAGCAAGCUCAGGGUGAGCCCAGAAGGCUGGGCCCAGCCACUCCCCUCUCCGGAGAAACAGACCCCAAACCACAGUGGCCUCCAGGAAGGGCAGAUGUUUCUUUCCUACCCUUUGGAAGUUCCAGCUGACCGGGAACCCUGUUGAGCAGCGCUGCUCGCCUGGGCUCCCUCUGCAGGUCGCCCGGCCCUCCCCAACUCUCACAGCCCCCAUCCUGGGGUCCAGGCUGCCACUCCAGCUCCCACUCUCAUGCCACCCCAUGGCAGCCAGGGGGACAGGAACAGAGCAGAGGGCACAGCUUCCCUUGGGGACAUGCCUGGAAAGUGCACGCUCUGCCUCUGCCCAUUUCUCCAGUCCUAUGUGCUCAUGGUCCAAGGGUGGGACAAACACUUUUCCUUUGAAUCACACCAUCGUUCCUGCUCCCGUUGCUGUCACCUGCAGUCCCAUUGUUGAGACCAGGAAAGCCAGGCUGCGUUGAACUCUGAGGACACAAUAACAGCUGGCCCACUCAGGCUGUCACCCUAGGCAGCAGGGUGGAGAGAUGCCCUCAGAGGCCCAGAGUCUGGUGGAGUGGAGCAGGGCUUUGGGGCGCCCUCCCCCUCCUCCCUGACAUGGCCCAGGCCUCAGCCUCUGCGGGAGCUCUCCACUCUGCCCACGCCUGCCACAAAACUGCCCACAGAUGCUGCUAUCUAGGACCUGUUGCCCCACCCCUGUGUGGGCCUCAGGAACCCCAUGCCCUGAGUCACGCCAGCCAUAGGUGAACCAUGCCUCUAGUCUGCUCUCUGGAGCAAGGUGGGACCCUGCCGUGACAUCAAGAGUUGCUAAAGGUCCAGGGAAAACACAGGACAUGCAUCUGAGGGGGAGACCAGGGACCCAGACCCCUCCAAGGCCCCUCCUAGAGUCCCCUCCACAGGACGUGCUCCCGCCCACCUGUGUGCAAAGGCAGCACACCCCCUUUGCACAAGGCUGGAGCAAACACCUGUGGUCCCACUCUGCAGAGCCCAGGGUCCCCCAGAACUUGGCCUUUGUUUAAGAGCAGGGAUUUCUCUUCCCAGUGAGAUUGAGGGGCAAGAACACUCCCCGUGGGGAGGAAGGUGGUUUCCUAGGGCAAUGAACUGAGUGGCUUAAACCAUAGACACUUAACAGUUCAUGGCAGCUCUGGAGGCCAGAAGUCCAAGUGUGGGCAGGGUUGCUGUAAGGCAGAGCCCCGUUCCCCAGGCCUCGAGGGAGGGUGGUUCCAGGCCUCUUGCUGAGCUUCUGAUGGUUUCCGGCAUACUUCAGUGUGUGGCAUCCCUUGAUCUGCAAGCUUCUGUUCACAAAAUCUCCCCUGUAUGACUGAUCAGGGCUCACCUGUGACCUCGUCUUCCUGAUCACAUCUACAAUUCCCUAUUUCCAGGUAAGGUUACAUUAUGAGGUACCAGGAGUGAGGACCCCAACAUGUUUUGGGGGGGCACACAAUUAACCCACUAUGGGGGAAAGGCAGAGGGGAGCUUGCUCCAUUGCCUCCUCAGGUAAUCGUACCCAAGCUGAGCUAGGCAGGCCUUGGGGAGCAACGUGACAACAGGCGACUGACAGAACAGACACUUUGUCGUCCUGCUUUUGAGGAUCAACAUUGAGAAAUGGGAGGCGACCCUUGAGAGCACCAAGGGCUCUUCAAGUCCACAGUCCCUGAGCCAGUCUAACUCGAAGUUCAGGGGUGGAAGUGGAGCCCUGCAUAGGACCAUAAGGCAAGUCACACAUGAGCAUGGGCCAGAACCACCAGAAGGCUGCUGCAGCCCUGGAGAGGGCACUUAUACCCCAGAAUGGUGGGCUCAAUGUGGAGAGGCUGGUUUUUAACGCUGAACUUUGCAUUUUUAUAAAAAAUGUUCCAGAAAGGAGGACAGGCGGGAAAGCUGGGCAUUUGCUUGUGUUAGAUGUGCCCUCUGCUGGUGACACAGCACAGCGCCUUUCCUGUUCUCCCCAGGAAAAUGGAAUGAUUCACUCAUUAAGGAGCGAGCCUCUGUCACACGUUGGGCAAGUUCUUGCAACACCCAGGACAGUGCUGGAUAUUUGUCGUGGUCAUCCAGAGAAAACAGGGUGAAAUAAGCUAAGUGAUUUACCAUCCCCAGGAGGCAAAGCCCAGGUGCGGCUGUCUCCAUUAUUCUCGAGUGGCCUGUUAGAAUUUUACACACAACACAUAAGCUCCAGAGGACUUUUGUUUUUGUUUCUAACAUCCUCUGCUAACUGAAAGACUGUAGAUACCUGCCACCUGUAUUCUACAAUGAAUAUUUUGCUAUAUUUCCUUUAUUGCCUACCUCCCUGAAGAUUUGUUUUUUAAAAUUUCCGUUUUGUUGGGCUGGGGCUGUAGCUCAGUGGUAGAGU